AUGAAUCUUAAAUUGCUCCUGCUUAUUUUAUUCAUCACAGCAUUAACAGUAGCCCAUGGGCCUCCAUCGGACCGAGACAACGAAGAUAUUGCUAUGGGCCGAAAGAUGGGAGCGAAGUGGUGCAGCAUGGCGAAAGUGUGCAACCACGACCGCGUGCCCAUCUGUGGGAUCAGCCAUGCCGGUGACGUCAUGGGAUUUCGGGACCUCUGCGACAUGUUUGACUUCAACUGCAUAAGGAGACGAAAUUAUAAGCAGACUGCGUGUCCAGAAGACAAAUCCAUCCUGACUGUGUCCCGCAGACCGACUAAUAGCUACUACGAUGAUUAAACAUUAUGUAAAUGAUGCUAAUGUAAAUUGCUAUGUAUUUUAAAGUAUAUUAAAUAUGCAAGGAUUAGUA